GCCGGGCUCAGGAGUGCUAUAGAGCUGAGCCACAGGCCACAGCCAGACACCCCCGAGGAGGAGGAGAGGAAGCUGCUUUUCAGAUAAGAUGGAGAUAAUGGCGUCGCUGCUUCGACUUGCUGCCCUCUCGCUACUCCUCGCAGUGGCCACUCCAGUCAGGGACAUCACCGAUGCGUGCUCGUCUCAAGUCAAGGCUGCAGACUUCCCGCACCUGAACGGCUCCGGGCUCCACCUCGCGCUGCACCACCCGCGGAGCCCCUGCUCGCCGGCGCCGCUGCCCGCCGACCUCCCCUUCUCCGCGGUGCUCACCCACGACGACGCGCGCAUCGCAUCGCUCGCCGCGCGCCUCGCCAAGACGCCGUCCUCGCGGCCCACCGCGCUGGACGAGUCGUCGUCGUCCGCGGCGCCCGACGAGUCCCUCGCGUCCGUGCCGCUGGGCCCGGGCACCUCGGUGGGCGUGGGCAACUACGUCACCCGCAUGGGCCUCGGCACGCCGGCCAAGUCGUACGUGAUGGUCGUGGACACGGGCUCCUCGCUCACGUGGCUCCAGUGCUCCCCCUGCGUGGUGUCGUGCCACCGCCAGUCCGGCCCCGUGUUCAACCCCAAGGCGUCCAGCUCCUACGCCUCCGUCUCCUGCUCUGAGCCGCAGUGCGGCGACCUCACCUCCGCCACGCUCAACCCCGCCGCCUGCUCCAAAUCCAACGUCUGCGUCUACCAGGCCAGCUACGGCGACAGCUCCUUCUCCGUCGGGUACCUGAGCAAGGAGACCGUGUCCUUGGGCUCCAGCAGCAUGCCCAACUUCUACUACGGGUGCGGCCAGGACAACGAGGGGCUCUUCGGGCACUCGGCGGGGCUCAUCGGCCUGGCGCGCAACAAGCUGUCGCUGCUGUACCAGCUCGCGCCGAGCCUGGGCUACUCCUUCUCCUACUGCCUGCCGACGUCGUCGUCGUCCGGGUACCUGUCCAUCGGCUCCUACAACUCGGGGCAGUACUCGUACACGCCCAUGGCAUCGAGCUCGCUGGACGACUCGCUCUACUUCAUCAAGCUGACCGGGAUCACCGUCGCGGGCAGGCCGCUCUCCGUGUCGUCGUCGGCCUACUCGAGCCUGCCGACGAUCAUCGACUCCGGCACGGUGAUCACGCGCCUGCCCACGGGGGUGUACUCGGCGCUGAGCAAGGCCGUGGCGGCGGCCAUGAAGGGGACGCCCCGCGCGUCGGCCUUCUCCAUCCUCGACACGUGCUUCCAGGGCCAGGCCUCGCAGGUGCGCGCGCCGGCGGUCAACAUGGCCUUCGCCGGCGGCGCGGUCCUGAAGCUGGCCGCGCGGAACCUGCUCGUGGACGUGGACAGCGCCACGACGUGCCUGGCGUUCGCGCCCGCCCGGAGCGCCGCCAUCAUCGGGAACACGCAGCAGCAGACGUUCAGCGUCGUCUACGACGUCAAGAGCAACAAGAUCGGGUUCGCCGCCGGCGGGUGCAGCUGAGAACGAAGCUAUACGCGCGUGCACACGGACCGGUCGACUUGGUAGCCCAUCACUUCGACGAGGCAAGGUACAGGAAAGCUGGUAAAUUAAAGAAGAAAGUGUUGCUCAAGCACCUAGCUUGGUGUGCAUCGUCGUUACAUAAAAGAAACACAAAAACAUUAUAGGAGUAGCAGGCUAUUUAUUAUCUUAGCUUGUUCAUCAGGCCAGAUCUGUGAAAAGUGAAAACACAGCAAUCGAAAAGAAGAUUAAAAUUCACAUAGCCAACAGAUAGCAUGGAGCCACUCUCAUGUGAUUCUUUGGCAAGUACAACUGGUCAAAAGUUUACUUUCUGCAGGUAAACUAAAGGACUGUAUAUUUCUGAGUUCCUCCUUUCAACUUCCAAGGAUUAUUCCUCCCUUGUACACAGUGGAAAAUAUUGUAACUGGAAGAUAUGAUAUGUAUGCAUUUUACUUAUGUGAAAGAUGAUUUUCAUUACUGCAUUAACGAAAUGAAAAUAUCUUUCUCUGGCUUUA